AUGAGCGUCAGAUGUUCCUUCGAAGACUGCAAAUGUGCCGUUAUCACGGUCGACAGUGCGAUCAAAGUGCAACUACCGGGACAAGCCGCGGAGACGUUCCAAUUGAUGCGAGGCGCCACCGCGACCAGCGAACAAAACGAAUUUCUGCUGGUCAAAGACGUCUGGGAUUUCGACAACGUGGGAGUCUCCAAGCAGAUCCCGCCGGGACUGCUGGUCGAUUCCGACCGCGCGAUCAGUUUCGUGUGGGAAAACAAGCCUUGGACCAUCGAAAAGUGUCUGAAAUACCUGAUCUGUGCCGAAUGCGACAAGGGCCCCAUCGGCAUGGUAUGCCAGGUGAAAAACGACCAUGAAUCGACCACCUUGUACCUGCUAAGUCUGUCAUCUUUGACAGUUUAA